AUGAGGGCGCCUCUCCUCUCCUUCAUCCUCGUCCUGGCUGUCGUCGCCACCGUGCCCCUGGUCCCAGCGGUGGUGUGCAUCUCGCGGUACGAGAAGUACGAGAGCAAAGUUGAAGAAGCAGGCGGAUAUGGACCACCGGAGAAGGCUACCGAGAAGCCCAUGGAGCAGACCAUGGACGCGCGAGCCACACCAGCGAUGACCGCCAACACCUACGACCAGAAGAAACCCAUUGAAGAUGCUGACAUGGACACGGCCUCCACUACGAAGGUAAAGAAAGAGAAAUCUGAUGAUUCGGAUGAAUCUGCUCCUAGGAAGGUAAAGAAGGCAAAGAAGGAGAAGUCUGAUGCGUCUGUAGAUAAGAAGGAAAAGCAGAAAUCUGAUUACUUGGACGAAUCUGUAUCUUCCACGAAGGAAAAGAAGGAGAAAUCUGAUGGUUCUGGUGCAUCUUCAUCUUCUAAGAAGUCUGAAGAAGAACCAUCUCUCAGUAAGAAGGAAAAGAAGAAGUCUGGUGGUUCAGACAAACAUGCAUCUGGAAAGAAAGAAAAGCAGGGCAAGUCGGAUGAUUUGGACAAUACAUCUCCCAAGAAAGAAAAGAAGGAGAAAUCCAUCGAUUCGGAUGCAUCUGCAUAUCUUAAGAAGGAGGAGAAGAAAUCUGGCGCGGACGAAGCCACGUCUCUUAAAAAGGAAAAGAAGGAGAAGAAGGAGGAGGAGAAGAAAUCUAGUGAUUAUUUCGAGAAGGAAAACAAAGAGAAAUCCGAGAAGGACUCCACGCCCGUUGACGCCUCCGCUGAUGACAGCGACGCAUAUGUAUCGAAAAGUGUCUGA